CGCAAGUCGAGAACCUUACUCAAAUUCCAUUCAUUUGAUAUAAAGUUGCAUAUUCAAUGUCAAUCCUGUACUUAAUUUCAUAUGCAAGAUAAAUGAGCGAAUCCCAUCCACAAUGCCUAACAAGCGGCGUCCUAUGUCUUGUCAAACCUGUCGACGGUUGAAAACCAGAUGUGAGGCGUCUCCGGGAUCGCAAAGAUGUAACCGAUGUACAACACUGAGACUCGAUUGUUCUCUCCCAUUUGCUCCGAAUGAAAGCUCUUCGACUCCAUCCCUAAGGAGUCAGGUAGAGGCCGGGUCCAGUCAUAAUAAUUCCCAGAAUGACCAAAGAGUCAUAUGCGAGUGUGGCGACCGCCUUGAUGCUAUUGAGACCAGUCUCUCGGAAAUAAAGCAGCUUCUGCUCAAUUCUCAGAAUGUGACAUCACAAAUGCUGAACGGGGGGUGUCUUCCAGACUCAACGAGCAAUAAUAUUCAAGCAGACAGUAGUGAUGCAGGAUCCUAUGAGCAAGAUAUUGAACCAGAGGAAGAGGCUUCUGUUAUGGACAGAUUUUCUGAUUCCAAGGUUCUUGAGGAAACUGGACAGGAUGUACAGGCUGCACCAAUCAAGGUUGUCCGUCACCUUCACACAUUGAUAAAUGGAUCUCCUUCUCGUGACCACAGCGAAAACAUCAUUGAUGAGCUCUCAAAAAUGGACUUAGCUUCUGGCGGGUUGGUGAAUGUUCUGCUUGAAGGCUUCAAACAAAUUUCUCAUUUGCGUCCCUUUAUAAUACAUGAUUCUCCUGAAGAGCUGUUAAAACAGAAUCAUCACCUUCUCUUCGCCACUUGCCUUCUCGCCGGAAUACAAACAGUGGGGUUAUGCCACGGCUCGGCCUUGCAUAGAUCACUAUACGGUUGCGUGAAAAGUCACUUAGGGAUAGAGAUGCUAAAUACGCCUGUUCCUCUCUCAACGAUUCAAGCCCUGCUAAUUUUCAGCACAUGGAACCUCUGCCCUAGCUUGACGACGCGGUAUAUUGAUAGCUGGUUUCUCAGUGGCUCGGCAGUAUCGCAUUCUAUGGUUACCCUCGACUUGUCCAAGUUAGCUGCCAAGUCCCAUUUUCGUGAUAAAGGUGCUCGGGAUAAGUAUCGGACGUGGAUGCUAAUUUUGUUGGUUCAUUUGAAAUUUGCUGUCGGCACAGGGCAACCAUCAGUUAUCGACAUCGAGUCCUUGAAAAGAUGGACUGUAUCAGUAAACCCACUUCCAAAGAAUUGUGAGCCAUGUGAUAAAGCAACAGCCGCCGAGCUGGAACUGUACAUCUUGCUAUAUGAGGUUGUCCACAAAAAUGAGAAACCUAUAUCUACAGCAUGGAGUCAGGUGGAGAAUUGGGCCGAGAGGUAUUUAAAUGAGGGAAAAGAAACAUUUCUCGGAAAUUAUUUAAGCCUGUGUUUCGCCUAUUCAUCCGUUAGUCUCAUCCUAGCUCGAUGGGAACUUGCAAAAGCGCAAAAACGCAGCAAUAACUUGUCCCAUCAACACCAUCAUCGUCGUAAUCGUAGCCAGGAAGAGGUGGCAAACAACGAUCAAAAUGAUUCCUCUACAACUCACGUCCGAUUCUCAAGUCAAAUUAACCUAAUCCUCCGUCACUCCCACCUCCUACUAGACCAGGUAAUGGACCUCUGUUCCCAAACAGCCCUAGUCAAUCCAUCCUAUGAUUUCCUCCUAACUGCCUACGCGGGAGUCACACUGGUCGAGUACGCCACGUUCAUCACAAAUCCACAAUAUACGUAUGAACUAAUGGAAAAGGUUCAAUUUCAACAAGCACGGUGUCGUGGUUCGAAGUAUUUGGAGUCAGUGUUUAAUUGGGCGACGAACGUAAUGAGGAAAAGAGUGUAUGAUUUUGUUCAGCAGCAGCAGGCUAAAGUGAAUGAAGUGAAGGAAUCAAAUUUAAGCGAUACGCAGUACAUAGAAGAUCAGGAUCUGUGGACUGUGCCAACGGAUUGGGUUCCAAAUGUUCUUGUUUGUUCGAAUUAUGAUUUGGAUCAGGAUGAGUUCAUGAAUGUUAUAUAAUUAUAAUGCUAUACACACAGGUAUCAAAACU